AUGAGCAGUGAACUGAAUAGCAUAAAGGUCAUAGUAAGGGUGAGACCAAUCCUUUUGCGAGAAGUGGACAACAAUGUUGGGCUUCCUACUCAAUCACUUGUGCAAAUGCCAUCCUCCGACUGUACAACUAUUUUAAACCCCACCAAAGAUGAAAAGAAACAAUACCAUUUCGAUGAAUGUGUAUGGUCGUUCGAUCCCAAUGACGCAAACUACGUUGAUAAUCAGCGAUUUUACAACAAGUCUGGACCCGACCUACUAACCCAUUUAUUUGAAGGGUUCAAUGUAUGUUUACUAGCAUAUGGACAAACCAGUUCAGGGAAAACCUAUACCAUGAUGGGAGACGAGACGCAACCUGGAGUAAUACCUUCCUUGAUCAAAGACAUUCUCAAGCAAAUGGACAUCUCUAUCAACCAAAAAGUGCAAUGCGAGUUGACUUUUUCCUACAUGGAGAUCUACAACGAACAAGUGAUUGACUUACUCAGUAAGGACCAGAAUGUGAAAUGCAAGAUCCGUGAAAACCCACAAACGGGCCCCUAUGUUGAAAACUUGAAGGAAGUGAGUAUUUCAAGCUAUGCACAGUUUUUAAAUUUCUUAAAGUUGGGAAACAGGGUCAGAUCCACUGCUUCAACUUUAAUGAAUGAUCUAAGCUCGAGAUCUCAUGCUGUAAUUACGUUGACACUACACCAAACAAGAUAUGAAAGUGAUGCUGGUGAUGGAAUUGGAAACGCUAGUGAGAAAAUGACUUCGAAUAUCAAAUUAGUUGACUUAGCCGGAUCGGAACGUUUGGCUAGAACCAAAUUAUAUGGGCAACAGCAGAGAAUGAAAGAAGGGGCCCUGAUAAACAAAUCAUUGACAGUUUUGGGGCGUUGUAUCAAUUUAUUAGCACAAAAGAAUAACAAGACAGUGGUACCAUAUAGGGACUCCAUUUUGACAUACAUUUUGAAAGAGAAUCUUGCAGGUAACUCCAAAACUUGCAUGUUGUUCUGUGUAUCACCCUUGGAUUAUGAAGAAACAAUACAGACACUCAAUUAUGCCAAUGAGGUGAAGAAAAUAAAGACAUCAGCUAAGGCAAAUAAGACAAAAUUGCCAACAGUGCCUGUUGAUUGGAAUAAUUUGAAAAAUGCAGAUAGCAGUGUUAUCGAUUCUCUUCGUAAUGAAGUGGAAUUAUUGACAAAUAAAUUGACAACGUUGGAAAUGGAACACAACAACCUGUCAACUUUUUCAGACUCAACCUUGGUAGAAAACACGGAGAAAAGUAAUUUAAAGAACUUGAUGGAGUUCCUCGAAAACGAAUCGGCAAAAGCCAAAUUUGAAAACAAGUUUCUAAGCCAGCAAUUGGCCAAGAAGAAUAAACAAAUAAGUGAAUUGCAAGCCCAAAUUGAUUUCAUAUAUCGAUUUGAAAUUGCAAGAAUAAAACAAGAUAUGGCGAGGUCACACUUGAUCACGAACAUUAGCCACUGUCGUCAAGGUAUAGACGCAGAUUUGGCGUAUUUUGACCCUGCUCUGUUAUUCAAGCAGCAGUGA